UCUGGUGGAAUUACCUUAUCGCAUCCAGACGAAGCCAGCUUGCAACGCUGCACUCUGCCGCCGACCUCUCACCUUCGCCACCGCGUGAUCCCGAAGCCUUCCACCUAAAGCAAUCGCUCUUAGUCAUCCCAUCUCCAUUUGCGCCCUUCCACAUGAAAAGAGCUUAAUCACUGCGUCGUUCAUAUACUGAGACGCAACCAAGAAGGCCAAAACCGACCCGUCACCUCUUUGGCCAGCCGAGGAGGACAAGCAACGAGAUGGGAAGGAAGCUGGACAUUCUUCUCGGGAGGACAUCGAGGCAGACGUCCAAGCUGAAGACCUUCCUGGGUCUCACCGUCUCCCGCCUCGCCGUCCUCCGCAACCACCGGCAGGUCCGGCGGGACCAGGCGCGCGGCGACGUCGUCCAGCUCCUCCAGCUCGGCCAUGUCGACCGCGCCCUCCUCCGAGUGGAGCAUGUGAUCAAGGAGCAGAACAUGUUGGAUGUGUUCGUGAUGAUAGAACACUACUGCCAUCUUCUCACAGAGAGGGCCCCGCUCCUGGAUCGCAAGGAGUGCCCGGAGGAGCUGCGGGAGGCGAUCUCGAGCCUGGUCUUCGCCGCGUCGAGAUGCGCGGAACUGCCGGAGCUCGAUAAGGCCCGUGGCAUCUUCUCCUCCAGGUAUGGGAAGGAACUCGUGUCUGCUGCCGUCGAGCUGCGAAACAAUUGCUGUGUCGAUCCUAAGGUAGCUCUGGUUCAAACACUUCGCACUUCUUCAGGUGUUGUGCAGUCCCAUCUCAUCUUGUUGCUUUUGGAUCUCCUGCAGAUGAUUCAGAAACUGUCAACCAGGCAACCAAGCUUGGAAAUUAGGCACAGGGUGAUAAAGGAGAUUGCCGCUGAGAUAGGCAUCAAGCUGGAAUUCUCCGAGUCUUCUGAAACUGCAGAGGGGAAUUCGAUGGUCAGCCCACCAACUCAUCUCAACCUGGAGCAACUUGAAUCGGAUGAUAAUCCUGCAUUUAGGAGCCAUCAGAAGUAUGAUGAUGUGGCCAGUGCAGCACAGGCUGCCUUUGAGUCAGCUGCUUUUGCUGCGGCAGCUGCAAGGGCUGCAGUGGAACUCUGUCGAUCGGAGUCCCAAGAAAAAGGCUCUGCUGAUGAGAGUAAAGCUGGUAGCCAGAAGAGAAGUGAUAUCAACGGAUCCGAGAGUGUUGAGAUUGAGAAUUCUGCUGACAGCAAAAACUUUGAGAAGAUCCACCAUGAUCAGAACUCUGGCUCGGAUUCAGAUGAGGGAAUGAAAGCAAAACAGGAUGAUUUGCUUCACAAGGAAAGAAUCAGGGAGAGGUUCGAGAUGCAGCUACAGAGAUCAUCUUCGUCGAUCUCAGAUGCCAGUGACGAAGAUAAUGCAGGUUCGAGUGAGCAGCACUCAGCAGGAUUCAGAGGAAAGAAUAUUUUGUUUGAUGAAAGUGACAAUGAGGAAGAGAAGGAUAGGGGUUUAGGAACGAAUUUACCAUAUGCAAGCCAUGAAGAACUGAGUCCAGCAGGAAGAAUCGGCUAUGUUGUCCAAGCACAGCGGCAGUUUGAUGCAUCCUUGGAUGACAGCAAACCUGGCAAGCAUCAAAUAUACUACAGAAGAAAUGAAACAAGAAACAGUGAAAUGAACAACAAUUCAUUGCAUGAAGAGACGCACAAAGUGGGAUCAAGAUCAGGAACUGAGAGCAAUUAUUCAACGUAUAACAAUGCAGAGAAAACUUACCUGGAUUCCUCAAGUACAAUGCGCCCAUUGAAUUUGAGUUCAGGAAAAAAACCCAUCUCAGUGAGGACCCGAAGAGGACUUUAGGUGCAAGCACUUGGGUUUGAAGGACAAGAAAUGAGCUUUAAAUAAAAUUUAAGUAGUAGGCUCUUUUCUUUGGACAAUCUGAGAAUGUAAACUCCAUCUUUGACUUUGUUUUAGUGGCAACUGAAAUCUAGAGUGGGUGUGGAUUGUAGAAAAAUCAAGCUGAGAGUCUGUGAAUUGCAGUAAAAUUUUGCUCAUGUAUGUCAUCUUAUGCAAAAAUAAAGGUGUGAUUGGUUGCAGUUACGGCAUUUAGUUCUCUACUGGCUGAUCUUCAUAGGUUUCUUCAGUUAACCUAGUUGUUUUCCGGUUUUACCAAAACACCUCCACAGCACAACUUAGUUUCUCUUUCAUUUUGUCAACCUGGAAAAUGAAACAGUUUCUGAUCUAACUCACAUUUGGAUAUUUCAAGCUAUGAGCAACUGUAACAAGAAUGUCAGUCUGGUUUGUCUUUCAACUGCAGAACUCAAAUUUCUGCAGUCAGAAUGUGCAUAUUCAAAUUGUGGCACAAUCCAGAGCCUUCUGCAUGAUGUGUUUGACAGGCAACACAUGGUAAAUAACUGUGUUCAACUGUAAAGUUCAAAAUCACUAUUUUUCACAGUUACAGAAAGGAAUUGUAGCAUUUGUACUUGAAGUCCAUUUUGUAAUUUUCUA